GGAGGGAGGUUCUGAGUAGAAACAGAGCCUCCAAUGUUUCAUAUUACACUCCCAAGCUUGGAAAAAAAAGAGAAGAAGAAGAAGAGGAGGAGGAAACCUGGCACUUCUUUUCUUCAGAGGCAUUUAACUGGGAGUUUAUGGAGGCUGCAGUCCUGGAAAAUGAAGAUCUCCAAUGUGGUCUUCGCUCUCCUGACUCGAGCACUGCUUGGAGUUCUUCUCCAGAUUUGUGUUUGGCCAUCAACGUCACCAUCACCCCUUCCCCCUUCACGGUGGCCCAGGAGGGUCAAAAUGUCACACUCUCCUGCGUUGUGUCCCAGCGGCGCCGCAACGCUGCUUUGCCAGUGGUGAAAUGGACCUUCCUGCCAGAGGGCACGGACCGGCCGGAGGACGAACUCCUCAUCGCCCGCGUCAACAUGAGGAAGGCCCGUUUCUAUGGCAACUACACCAAGAGUUUCCCGUGGCCCAAACUGAAGCUGACGGUGGUGAAGCAGGGGAAGAUUUUUGACCUGGUCAUCUUGAAUGUGUCCGAGGGGGACCGGGGGCUCUACAUGUGCCGGGUGCAGGAGUUUAGAAAGCACCAGGACCGCUGGAAGGCCUCAUCCAACCGCACCGCCGCUACUGAGCUCAGAGUGCAUGUCCUACCGGCCACCAAGGCCAAAGAAAGCUUGUGGAGUUUGUUUGAAGAUGUGUAUCUGUGUGCAGUGCUGAUCUGCUCAGUGGGUUUGCUGUGUAUGUGCAUGUUCACGGUGACAGUGACCUGCCAGUACAUACAGAGGAAGCAGAGGUUAAAAGAUAAUUACCUUUUGGUCAAAAGCCCUCAGAACAGCUCAGGAGAGACAGUCACCAGUGUGAUCAAUGUGUCUCCCGCUCUGCCUAAGAAGGAGAGGAGGUACAGGAAGAAAAGGAGCAGAGACUACCAAGAGGAGAUACCACCAGAGAUACCAGCAAAGGUACCCAUUGGAGACAAAACACGGAAACCCAAACUUUUAAAACAACAACCAAGGAAAGUAGUGUUGCCGAAGAUAGUGGAGGAGAAUCUGACCUACGCAGAGCUGGAUCUGGUGAAGCCAAUUCCGGAAACCAAGGCGUCGUGUAGUGGCACCGUGUACGCCCAGAUUCAGUUUGGGGAGCAGCAGCUAUGAGAUGAACACACACAAACACCACUAAUACCUGUGCCUUAUGUAAAAAGUAUUGUCUAUUUAUAGUCUGUAGUAUUUUGUAUUCAAAUGCUUUGUGAAGGGCAACAUGUGUAAUGUCUCACGAUUAUGACCCAAUUGUACAUAUGAUUUUGUAUGUUCUUUGGUAUGACUUCCUUUUAUGAGAGUGGGAUGCAAAAGGAAAUGUUUUCUUUACUGGUGUAUUUCAUGUAGAAUGUUUCUUUUGCACCCAUUUUUGAAUCAUGUGUAGCUUAAACUAGGAACACAAUAGAAGCCUGUGCUGAUUUAGACCAGAUUUGUCCAUUGUGACAAUCGGAUUGGAGAUUGGAGAUUUGAAUUUGCAGGCUAAUCGAAGCCCUCCCAUUCGCAUGAAACAGGUUGCAAUCCGAUAUCAGCAGAUUAUAUUCCUGUGGCGUGUAGUUAUCACAGUCAUUGAGAGUCAAGUUUAGUGAGUGAGGUAAAGCGAGAUGAUGCUACCAUCAGAUAAGAAUAAUGCUGCAACUCAAGGUUUUGAAAUUAAUAAACAAGAUAUUUUAAGGAAUGAUUAUUCAUUUUCUUGCCAAAGAUUAGAUAAGGCAGUUUUUACCACUUUCAUGUCUGUGCGUUAAGCAUAGUGAACCAGGAGGUGAUUAGCUUAGCUUAGCAUAAAGAGUGGAAGCUUGGGAAUACAGCUGCCCUGUCUCUAGCUAGCUUGCUGGCUAACAUGACCCGGGAAAUAGGUGCUGUAACUGUUUCUUGAUGAACGCCUGCAGUUGUUUACCGCAAAAAAAAAGAGGAAUGUACAGAAACUCCCUCAACCAUAAAGUGUUUUUUUUCCGAUGUCUGUAUGGAUAAAGCAAAUUAUACAAUUUGUUUAUUAGUGGGCUUUAGAGGUGUAUUUUUUUACUUUGGAAAAAAUGAUGCUAGCUGUGUAUCUCAUUUUCCCAAGCUAAGCUAAUUGCCUCCCGGCUCUAGCUUCAUGCUUAAUGUACCGAUGUUAUGGAUCUCUCAUCUAAGCUAAUUCCCAAAAUGACAAAUUAACUCUUGAAAUAGCCUACAUAUUAUUUUAGAUAGCCCGUACUGAUUCUUGUGAUAUCCUUAAGUCUUCAACAUAUCUUAAGUCCGCCAGUUAAACUCAAUUGUGGGAAACCCCAUCUAGCGAAAACAGAUUCACGAAGGAGAUACAAAGCAAAUUUACGAAAUCCGUCGUUAUGGAUGUGAACCAAUGCAUUUUCAGAUGUGAUUUAUAUCUAGUGAGUUCCCAGAAUUAUCUGCAUCACAACUACAGUGUUUCUGUGUGUCAGACUGUAGUUUAUAGUGACCACAACUCCACAGAGUUGAUAUUAAAGUAGCAAUCAGCCCCCUCCAUAGGAAGUACUAAGACCAUGCGAGCCGUUUCAUCUGGUGCCAACAUCAACUUAACAGGCUGUUGGCAACACAUGAACAUAUACAUACAAAGGUGGAGUUAGAUGUAGGCUAAACGUCCUUGUAGGCUUUGCACAAAGGCAUAUACUUUAUUAUUUUUUUUAUAUAAUCCAAAAGGCUACAAACAAUUGUGACACCUGAUUUACAAACCGGGACAAACUUAAGACCUGCGUCUGGACAAUUUCAGAUUAAUGCCAUAAAUCUUAGUGUACAUAUCGACUGUAAUCCCACAUACCUUCGAGCGGUCUCCUUGCUUUCUCACUUUCCGUGAAUCUGAGCGUAAAAUUGCUUAAGCCUCUUUUUUUCCAUUUAAUGAUCCUCUGGAUUCAGGCAUGGAAAAGCAAAGGAGAGUUUUUCAAACGGUGAACUUGAAACCCAGACACAAAGGCACCGGAUCCCUCCCUUCCCCCAAGACUUCCACUAUCUAAUGUGGAGUUAUCCAUGCAGAUGGAGCCCAUGACAAAUACAAAGACUUACUUUCCACUGAAUGCCUGCUGAAGUUCAUGUUUUGGCCCUUUUUUGUCAAACCUUAAGCUAGCUAAGGUUAACCAGCUAAACCAGAUGGUAGAGUAUUUAGUUCAUGAGUAAAAUGAUUUGACUCUUCUACGUAUAUAACGUGAUAUUUAGAAUUAUGUAAUACUACGUAGCAACUAUGGCUAACAGCUGAUUCACACAUGACAUUUAUUGGAUUCGUGUGAUAAAAUAGUUUCCAGUCACAAAAAGACAGAAGUUAUCCAUUGUUAGAAAAUGCAGAAAAAGUCAAAUAGUGUGUUGUAGCCUCAAUCAGCUGCCAGCUAGAUAACACUUGAAAACUCCCGAUAAAGACAGUACAGGACCACACAUUUACAACCCAUUUUUACAGCAAGCUGGUGGCUGUGUAUUUUGACAUUCUUUGUUCCCCUGCCUAUAUGUUACAAUUCAAACCACUAUCGACCUCUAUUUCUCACCAUUCCAAUUGUCCAUUGUUGGUCUCUUAUCUAUGUAGUUGCACAGUGUGUAUUAUCCAUGUAUGAAAUGACUGAAAGCGACCUUUCAGUGACGGGCAGAAGUGUCUUAAACAUGCCCUUAGACUGUGAAAUGUAAAGUUUCUUCCAGACCACAUUGUCCGUAAUGGGAGUCCACUAACUAGAACCAUGUGUGUGACUUGUGCCUCUCCCUCUCUCCUUUCCCUCUCUUUGCCCACCACUGACCUCUACAUUCAUCAACAUUCCAGCAUUUCUUCUCUUGUUCAUUUUGUACAUUUCAUCUGUAAAGUGUGUAUCAGUAAGUGAAAUAAAUGUGUAAGUGUGUGAGCAGUUUGCAGCCAGAGAGGUGCUUUGUUCUUUGGAUGGUCGCUCUUUGUAUGUAAGUAAGUAA